AUGGAUGCUACCACGGCCGGAAUGUACUACGACUGGCAGUUGAUCGAACUACACACCAUUGGCAGCGAGGGAGCAGCCGCACACUUCAACGAAAUUUACCCAUAUUAUUUUUCACAAGUCUCGGAAUUCGCACGAAACUGGGCUGGGGACACCAUCAGAUACAUUCGCACUCAGUUCCAGGCCAGCUCCAGCCCUUACCGUGAUUACGUGCUGUCUGAGCUGAAGAAGAUUGAGGAUAAGAUUCCUGACAUGAAGUACGCUUUUGAGGACUAG